GCAUUAGAUAACAGAUGGCGACAAAUGUUUUGUUAAAGUUUUUUAAAUUGUCAUCAGAUUUGUCAACAAAAGUAAUCAAUUGUUUAGUGAUAACACUGAAGACAUGAGUGUCACCAUUGACUUGAUUGCUGUGACGGCUAUCGGAGGACUUCCACUCUUUAUGAGACAUUGUUCUCAGUCUGUGACCAAUUCGUCACUCAACGGCAAUACCACUUCUGGAGACAAUGAUCUGUCAUUUGCCCGAAUGGCUGCUCUUAACGGCGUUAAUCUCUUCUCGCGAUUAAAUGACUCCAAUUUGAUGUAUUGCUCGACAAAAGAGUCUCAAAUUAGAUGGAAAGUCUUCAAAGGAUGUCUUGUUUUAAUAGUAAUCGUUGAACACAUGACAGACGUUAUUGAGACUCAUUUGCAUCAAUUGUUGGAUUUGGUGUUUGACUCUUUGGUUAUGAUCUGCGGUCUCAACGAAAUCAUGAGUCAAAACAUUGAAAGAUUAAAGCGAUGUCUUCGACAUUCAUAUCAAUUGAUUGAUCACAUCUUAAAUGAAUUCAUAUCGAGUCCACUCUCAAGACUACCGUUUAUAACGAAUAACAUCGAGUAUUCAAUGAGUUGUCAAAGUUAUCAACAUUUUAUGCAAUCGUUGGUCGAAAGCGGCGGACAAUUGUCUUGUAGUGCCUUUUGUUGGCUUCAAAUUAACCGAAAACUGGUGGCCGCAAGUCAUGCCUUUUGGAGUCGACUCAACACAUCUAAAGACGCUUUAUUGGCUAUAACUUUAGUCAACUCAUUAUCGGACACCGAUUUACUUCAGACUAAAGAAAUACCGGUGUAUUUGCCCGAUAACUGUCCGACCAGUUUGUCUCGUCUUAUUGUAUGUCAAUUGGCAAAGAAUGUUGUACUUUGUCUUUUGUGUGCCGAAGAGCCGUCAAUUGAUUUCAUUGAUACUGAGAUUGCCAUACCUUUGAUUGACUCUAAAAUACAUUCAGAAAAGUUUUCAAUAUAUCUGCGAAACGAAAUACAGAUCUUAUAUCCAAUAGAUCCAAAUGUUAUCGCAUUUAUAAUAUUCAGGAAAGACUUAAAACUAUAUUUUACUUUUGGUCCAAUAGAUGAUAAUUUCAAUGUCUUAUUGCAAUCAAUUAAUUGGCAAACAAGUGAUAAAUAUGAAUCAUAUUUAGUUAAUGAGACCACAAAAGGAUAUAUUAUUUGUAAUGAUUUGAUGCAAAUAUAUCUAUCAUUUCGUUUCAAUGCAUCACUUAAUCAAAUGCAAUCAAUCAGUAAUAAAACUCUUAACAUUAUUUCAAAAGAUAAAUAUAUUUGUUCUAAUUAG